GUUCGGUGGAGUAAAGUUGGAUGUACUAUACACAUUUUUUUCUCUCAAAUUAGCCAGGAUACGCUACAAUGUCAUAGCAGCAAGACCAUAGGAAUUCAGAAAGAAACCUGAUUUUAUCAUAGAACACGAGCAUAGAUAUAUCGAUAAUGGGUGAUGUAAGUGAAGAAUCGUUGUUGGAUUAUUUCUACUCAGCCGGAGGGAAAGUAAAAAAUUCAGAUUUAAUGAAAACAUACAAGCCUUUUAUUGGUCACAAGGACAUGGAGCUGCGUGCCAAAUACAGAGAGGAGUUCAAACAGACCAUCGACAGGAUUGCUGUUGUGAAAUCAGAGAAUGGUGAGAAGUACCUAGUUCUGAAGAAGAGAUACCGGCAGCAGAAGCAGGACAGUGAGACAGAGCCUGGGACAGACAGACAGGCCAGCCCUGCCAGGCCAUCGGCCUCAGCCCAGUGGGAUGGGUCAGGGGUCUCGUCUCUCUCCAGUGCCCAGAUGGAACCAGACCUCCAGCCUGAACCGGCCAGGGCAGAGGAGAGGAAGCCUUCCCAGGUGACGUGGUGUGGAAGAGGCCCCAGCAUUACUGUCACAGAGGCACCCGAGCAGGAGCACAUGCAAGAGGAUCAGCACACUGAGAGAAAACCCUCACCGUCUGUUUCGGAGGAACCCCUUGUGCACAGCAACGGGGAGAAUGAGCUAGACAGAGACUCAGGGUCAAAGUCAGAGUCCGAAGAGCAGGAAGAGGAGUGUACGGGCAGUAUGGGCUCCACCCCAGUGGCUCUGGACCCUGUGGAGAAGGAAUGGAUCUACUCUGCUGCGUGUGGCCGUCUCUCUGACCUCGCCCAGCUGCUACAACAGGAGCCCUCCCUGGCCAACAAGAAGGUCUGGGUGCCAUUUACAGCUCUACACUGGGCAGCCAAACAUGGCAAAGAGGACAUGGCUACCAUGAUGGCCAAUGCAGGGGCUGACAUCAACACUAAAUCUGGCUAUACACCCCUGCAUAUUGCAGCAUUGCAUGGCCAUCGAAACAUUUUGGAGCUGCUCAUUGGAAAAUAUGAUGCGAAGGAGAACCUCCGGGACUACAGUGGCCAUCUUGCAUGCCAGUACCUGAACAUCAGGGAGCCUACAGAGGAUGACAGAGCAGCUCCAGAGGAGAUACAAUUCCCUGAGUUCCAUGUGGCCCAGGCCAGAGACCGCAGCAGGAACAGGAAGUUGACCUCGUUGUUCCAGUCCAAGAAGAAGUGGGGCUCAGCGGAGGAGCUAGCCCCUGUAGAGGAGGAAAAGGUGGCACUAGCACCCCAUCAACUCAUCGUCCCCGCAUUCAGACCCAGGAAAUUCUCACGCUGAGAAAGUAGGUAACCAAAUGCCCCAACAUGCAAUGAUGACAUAAGUACAUGUUCAGUCAGUGUAUGUUUAUUUGAAUUUGAAUGUAUGCUUUUAUGGUAUGUAUGCUUGUAUGUCUCGUGCCUUCGGAAAGUAUUCAGACCCCUUGACUUUUUCCACAUUUUGUUACAUUACAGCCUUAUUCUAAAAAUUAUUAAAUAGAUUUUCCCCCUAAUCAUCUACACACAAUACACCAUAAUGACAAAGCAAAAACAGGUUUUUAGAAAUGUUGCUAAUUUAUUAUUAUUUUUAAAUGGAAAUAUCACAUUUACAUAAGUAUUGAGACCCUUUCCUCAGUACUUUGUUGAAGCACCUCUAGCAUCGAUUAUUCUUGGGGAUGACGCUACAAGUUUGGCACACCUGUAUUUGGGGUGUUUCUCCCAUUCUUCUCUGCAGAUUCUCUCA